AUGGAGGGAAAAAUACAUGAAAUUCUAAAAAAUCCUUUAAAACAAAAACUUUCCGAACUUUGUCAUGAAAAAAAUAAACAACAAAUAUUAAAUUUACCACAAGACGAGAAAGAAUUUUCAAAUUCGAAUUCAGAAGAGGAGGAAGACGAAGAUAAAGAAAAUGAAAAAAAAGAAGAACCAAAUAAUGAAAUGGAAACAAUUGUGUAUUUAGAAAAAUUCAAAACCUUAUUAAAGGAUAUUCCAAUCGAAGGACUUUCACCCGAAUGGGAGAAAAAUAUCAAAAAAUCCGUCGAGAAAUUAUUUAAAAACAAGUACGAUUAUCUUGUUCCUUUUGAAUAUUAUUUUCGAAUAAAAACAAAGAAAGAAUUUAUUAACAUAAAUUUACCGGAAUGGUUCCUUAAUGAAUCGCACACUAAUUUGGAUUUCGUUUUGGAAAAUAUUUUUCAAAUUCUCCAGGAAUAUCACUAUCACGUAAAUUUACAAUUUCAACAAAUUUGCCAACCAGAAACAAGGGAUGGAGUUUUGAAACUAAUUUCCGAGAAUCGGGAAUUUGAAACAUAUUGCUCGCAGGUGAAAAUUUAUUUAAAGUAUCAAAGCGAAGUGAAUGGAAUGAUUUCGAAAUUCUACUACAACACGGGAAUUCUAAAUCAAUUGCCAGCUAGGGAAAUUUUAAAAAGCAAAACUCAGGAAUUGAAAAAUAUCCUCUUGGAUUAUCUCACCGAAUUUCAUUUUAAAGAGGCCGAAAAUAUUUGCUUCGAAUUUGAAAAUUUAAAAAUUCGAGCACUAAACAUUCCAAAAGAUGCGAAUUCAUUGUUCGAAUUAAGCGAAUACAUGACACAUGGUGCAAAAGAAUUGGUGAUAGAUUUAGAAAAACGUGUUAUUCUCUCAAUUCAACAACUCUCGUCACUUCUUGAAAUAACACUUCUCACCGAUCAUCACAUAAAUUUAAAUAAACAAAAUAUCAAUUGGCUCGAAGCAAUAAAGCCAAUUUUCAUUCAAAGUAAUACAUUAUCAGAAGCUAUGAAAAGCGAAUCCGAAGACGAACUCCAACAGCAGAUAACAAUUCUAAACACCGAAAUUGACAUUCUAAUUCCUGACUUUGUAAUUCUUGACGAUAUGGACGAUGCAAUGGGAGUGCAAAAUUAUCGACAGUAUUUAAAAUCUCUUUUGGCUAAAAUGCAUCAAAUUGAGAUGAAAAUAUCGCGAAUUAAUUUUGAGGAGAGAUUGUUUAAAUUUCCCGAGACAAUGUUCCCAAAAGAUAGUGAAUUACGUGAAAUAAUCGAGCCAUUUUCAAUACUUGUUGAUUUAAUUUGCGAAUGGCAACGCGAUCACGAUGUGUGGCUGAAAGGACCUUUUGAAUAUCUCAACGCCGAGGUGAUUGAGAAAAAAACACAGUUCUAUCAUCAGAAAAUUAUCGAGAGCAAUAAAAUGUUUAAAUCAAAAAUCAAAAUGGAUGUCACUGCCAAUAAGGCUUUUAAAUUUUCAGGUAUUGUCGACGAUCCAGAUGCAAUGCAACAGCCAGCGCCUUUAAAAUUAUGCUGGCAAAUUCUCAAGACAAUUGAAAAUUUUCUCAAUUUCGUACCACUUGCCAUUUGCUUUUGUAAUUCGGCGCUGAGAAAACGUCACUGGAAUGAAAUGUCCACAGUUUCGGGUUGUAAUCUAUUGCCAAACGCUGGAACGACUCUGGAAAAAUUCAUUCAACUUGAUUUAAUGAAACACAUCGAAAUUUUUCAGGUAAUAAGCACAGGCGCGAAUAAGGAAUUGGCUCUGCAGAAUCAAAUCGAAAAUAUGUUCAAAAAAUGGGAGUCGAUAAAUUUCGAAAUUAGCGAAACAAACGAAAUUUUCCAUUUCAAAGAAUCGGAGACUAUCGAAUUACUACUUGACGAACAUUUUUCCAAAAUACACAAUAUUCGUGGUUCUUAUUUCAUCAAACCGGCCGAAAAUCGUGUUCUCGAUUUAAAAAUAAUACAAGCUGGCAUCAAGGAAUAUUUGGAACAACAAAGAUUUGCUUUUCCAAGAUUUUUCUUCACCUCCGAUGAUGAAAUACUAAAAAUUCUCUUUCAGAAAAAAAGUCCCAAACAAUUUGGUCUUCAAUUAGCAAAAUGUUUUCCAGGCGUGAAAAAUUUUCACAUAACAAAUUCCUUUCGAAUUAAAUUUCUAAUUGGUGACUUCAACGAAAAAGUGCGUUUCGACCCAGUGAUCGUGAAUUCCACAGGUGGCUGGCUAAACGAAUUGGAGGAAAAAAUUCUCAAAAUUUUAAAAUCGAAAUUACUACAACUGAACGAAAAUUUUCACGAGGAAAAUAUUUUUCAAAAUCCCUCAAUGAUUAUCAAUUGUUGUUGUCAAAUUCAUUGGACGAAGUUAGUUGAAAAUAGUUUCGACAAUGGAUCAAUUGUAACGACGGUGCAAAAAAACGGAAGGGAAGUAAUUUCGAAAAACUUGGACCAAUUAAAAAAUUGCCAAACAAAAUUAAAGAGGCGAAAUUUGUCAUCAUUGUUAAGCGUUCAAAUCUAUCAAAACCAAAUUAUUGAAAUGCUGAUUGCGAAGAAGGUGGAAUCGAAAAAUAAUUUCAAUUGGAAGGGACAAAUACGUCACUACUUGAAUGAUAAUUUACUUCAAGUUGCUAUAAUGAACUCUUCGAUAAAUUAUGGCUACGAAUAUAAUAAUCAAUUCUCGAUAGUGAACACUCCGUUAACUGAAAAAUGCUACCGGACAAUAAUGGAAGCUUUUAAUUAUCAAUAUUUCGCCGCAAUCAUCGGACCGUCUGGUACCGGAAAAACCGAAACUGUAAUAAAUUUAGCAAAAAUUUUCGCCCUUCCAUUUCACAUUUACAACGGAAAUGAUAAAUUAUCUCUUGAAUUUAUCGACAGAAUUCUCAAAGGUCUAAUUUUAUGCGGCGCCUGGAUUUGUAUGAAAAAUUACGAUCGUAUAAAUCCCGGAAUAUUGUCUGUACUAUCAAAGAAAAUUGUCACCAUUUCCGAAUCGAGGACAAACAAAAUUAUUAAUUUCGACUCAAUGGAAUUGAAGUUCAACAAAAAUUGUUUCAUCACAAUAAUUUUGAAUUCGAACACCGUCGAAAAUUUACCCGAAACCCUAAAAUAUCGUUUUCGAACAAUUGCAAUGUUACUACCGGACUUGAAUCAAAUCUGUCGGGUAAAUUUACAAUCCUCAGGUUUUCAAAAAUCCGACCAACUUGCCUUGAAGAUAAAAAAAGUCUAUCAAUUCACCUCCGAAUUGUUACCGCAUCGUCACGAUCUGAGAACAAUGAAAAUUUUUCUAAAAUUAACAAAUUCUUUGAAACAACAAUAUCCGAGUGAAGAGGAAAAUAUUUUGAUUCUCCGCGCUCUUAUUGACGUGAAUAUCUCAAAGUUUACCGAAAACGAAAUAAUUAUCUUCGAAGGAAUUCUCAAAGACCUCUUCCCUGAUAUUUCCCUCCCAAAUCCCAAUCUCGACAAUUUUUUAUCCACUUUUGAUGAAUGUUCGAAAAAAUACGAAAUUACAGAAAGUUGCGAAAAUAUCAAAUUGAAAAUAAUCCAAUUUUUCGAAAUGCUUCACGUACACGACGGUAUAGUAAUAAUCGGCGAACCUCUAGCCGGAAAGUCAACAAUAAUAAAACUUCUUCUCGAAAUUCUACAAAAGCAAAAAAAUAAAAUUUCGGCAGAUUGGAUAAAUCCAAAUGCUGUUACUCUAGAUCUUUUGUAUGGUUAUAAUUCUACCAAAGAAAUCGAGGAGGGAAUUGAAAAAGGUAUAUUUCUAAAAAUAUUUCGCCAAAAAGAAGACGAAGAUUUUCAAAAAUGGAUCAUUUUCGACGGCGCAAUUGGCGAAUGGAUCGAAAAUCUCUACUCAAUUCUAGACAAUCGGGCGAUUUUGAAUUCGGGCGAAAAAUUAAGAACCGAACGCAGGAAAAUUAUCAUCGAAACCAAAGAUUUAAACCAAGUUUCGCCUUUAGUUGUCUCCCACUUUGGAAUCAUUACCAAACCCAACGAGAAUUGGCGAAAUUAUCUAAAAACAGAAAUUGACAAUUUACAAACGCUCAAUUUUCCAAAUUAUAAAAUUGUUAUCUAUUCACUCUUCGAUUUCACAAUUGACAAAAGUUUCGAUUUUAUAGAAAAGCACUGCGAGAUGAAAAUAAAAAUAAAUCGUCAACAUCUGUUACGAUCGAAUUUUACCCUUUUUCUCAUACUCCUCAAGGGGGAGAAUUAUUUCGAAUCCGGAAAACAAGAAUAUUUGAAUUUCUGGGUGCAAGCAAUUUUUAUAAUCAGUACCAUUUGGUCCUUGGGCGGAAUUUUAGACACAACAACCCUUCGUUUAUUCAAUUCCUUCUUUCUAAACUUAUGGAAUUCGUCGAAUGAAUCACGUCCUCAAUUUUUGAAGCAAAACGAAAUGUCACUACCAACCGAAGGUCUCUUGACAGACUAUGUUUAUAUUUUCAAAGGAACCGGAAAUUGGAAACAUUGUUCCGAUCUCAUGAAGAAUGAAAAAAUUUCCGAUUUGCCCUUUGGGGAGAUCUUCAUUCCAACUGUCGACACAAUAAAGUAUUCCCUCCUAUUCGAAAAGUUUCUGAAACAAAAAAAAAGUUUUAUUCUCUUCAGCGAGGAUUCAGUGGGAAAAAGUUCCCUUCUCAAGGAUUUAUUCACAAAAUUAGAAAAUGUAUUCAAUUUUCAUUUCACCUCUAGAAUGACCGGACAAAAGGCACAAAGACUCUUUUUAUCGAAAUUAACAAAACAAAAAAGUGACUUAUACGGUUCGGAAAAUUCAUCUUUCAAUUUUAUCGAUAAUUUCAAUUCGGACCAUUUUUCAAAACUUUCCGAUUCACCACUAGAGAUAAUAAGACAAUUUUUCGAUUAUGCUUUCUGGUAUCAAGAGGAUAGGAAAAUUUUCAUUCGCAAUAUGAAUUUUGUGAUCGAAAUGAAUAAAAAUUGUGACGAAAAAUUGUGUCGACGUUUCUUGAGGCACUUUUCAAUUUUCGUGAUGCACUUACCCUCGAAAGAAUCCAUAUUCCGUGUAUUUACAAAUCAACUAUUUUUGAAUUUACGAAAAAAUUCCUUCACAACCGACGUGAUGCCAAUUCUCAACGGAAUUAUAACUUCAACGAUCGAUUUCUAUUUCUCCAUUAAACAGACUUUAAAACCAAUUCCCGAAAAAUUACAAUACAUUUUUACUCUCAAGGAUAUUUCGAAAAUAAUUCGCGCUCUGAGUAUUGUUCAAAAGGAAUCGGUGGAGACAAAAAUAACUUUCAUUCGCCUCUGGUCACACGAAAUUCUCCGAGUAUUCACCGAUCGUAUCACUGAUCGAGACGAUCAACGUUGGUAUUUUUCGAAAAUACGGGAAACAAUAAAGGGAAACUUUAAAGAUUCAUUCGAGAGUAUUUUCGAUAAUUUACCAAAAUCAAAAAGCGAUGAAUUAACGAUCGAUAGUUUUGAUUUUUUACACUUUGGUAAUUUUAUCAAUGACAGAUAUGAAGAAAUUGUUUCAAUGGAUUCGAUUUUGAGUAAAGUUGAUACAAUCAUAGUGGAGUAUAAUAAAGAGAAUAGUCGAAAGAUUGAUAUUGUUGUGACGAAUUUUAUUCUUCGGCAUUUGUUAAGAAUUUGUCGGGUCUUGGCAAUUCCGGAAGAGAAUUUAUUGUUGAUUUCCUCGAGUGGUUAUGGAAGAAAGACAAUUGUUAGACUUGCCAGUUACAUGCAGGGGGAUAAUUUAUUCGAACCCCAUGAUUUAGAAUCUUGGCGAACGGAUUUAAAAGCUUUGUUGAAACUUCAUAUUCCGGAUGAGAAUUUCGCUGUUCUGAUAACGGAAAGUUUUGAGAAUGAUGAAUUUUUCGACGAUGUUGUCAAUUUGCUGGAAACUGGUCAGAUUUACGAAUUAUUUUCCGUUAGUGACGAGAGAGAAAUUGUGAAAAAGGUACGACUCGCGGCGCAGAAUGGCAAUCGAAACUUAGAAUUACCAAUAUCGGAAGUUAUGGAUUAUUUCACCAAGCAAUGCAAGAGGAAUCUUCAUUUCGUAAUUUGUGAAUCGUUGACAAAUUUUCCGAGAGUGGUUCAGUUGGCAAAAAAUUGUACAAUUAAUUAUCUAUCCGGAUGGCCGAGGGAGACUUUCGAGAAGGUGACUUCGAGUUUCCUGCGGGACGUUCCUUUGAAAGAGGAGGUGAAAAGUGAUCUUAAGGUUUGUUUCCAGUAUUUUUAUCAGAAUAUUCAAAGGGAUGUGAACUCGAUUAUGGAUAUUAGGAUAACUCCCGUUGUGUUUGUCCGACAUGUGAAAUUGUAUCGAAAGAUUAUUCUGGCGAAACAGAAGGAGCUGAAGAUAGCGAAGAGUAAAUAUCUGUCAUGUUUGGAGAAGUUGAAAAUCGCUUCGAAUCAGGUCGAUCAGAUGAAAAAGGUCCUAAUGACUUUGCGACCACAGCUCGAAUUGUCGGCCGAACAAACCCGAAUUACGAUGGAAGAAGUUGAGAACGAAAAUUUGGGUGUUGAGAAAGCGACCGCAAUUGUUAAAGACGAGGAGAUGGUUGCUAACAAAAAAGCCGAGAUAGCAGGGAAGUUACGCACAGAAUGCGAAACGGAUCUCGCGGUCGCAAUUCCAAUUCUCGAGGACGCGAUAUCGGCUCUGAAUACUCUGAAACCAGCCGAUAUUACUUUAGUGAAAGCGAUGAAAAAUCCACCAGACACCGUGAAAUUAGUGAUGGCUGCCGUGUGUGUAAUGCUCGAUGUGCCAUCCGAAAGAGUCAUCGACCCCGUGACUGGGAAAAAGAGCAACGACUUUUGGGGUCCGAGUAAACGAGUCCUGGGCGACAUGAACUUUCUCCAAAAUUUGAAGGACUACGACAAGGACAAUAUUUCCUCGGCGUUGAUGCAAAUAAUCAAGACAACCUACAUGACGGACAAGAGCUUCCUGCCGAACAUUGUCGCAAAAGCGUCGAGUGCAGCCGAAGGUCUCUGCAAAUGGGUCCGCGCAAUGGUCUCCUACGACGAGGUGGCCAAGGCCGUAGCCCCGAAGAAGGAGAAAUUAGCCCUCGCCCAAAAGGAGUGCGACGAUGCCGAGGCAUAUUUAGCCGAGAAGCGCGAAACUCUAGCAGACCUCAACGAAAGAUUGUCGAAUUUAAAGACAAGUCUCGAGACAGUUUUGGCCAAGAAGCAAGAACUUGAAAAAGAGGUCGAGGAUUGUACGGACAGACUGAAGAAGGCCGAGAGCCUCCUCACUAGCCUAGGAGGCGAGAAGAGUCGCUGGAUCAAUUGCACCGAUAAUUUACAAAACGGCUACAACUCUCUAGCUGGCGACGUCCUCCUAGCUUCCGGUUUUAUCACCUAUCUCUCCGCCUUUCCUCUCGGGCUUCGUACAUUCUACACCGAAACUUGGACCAUCUAUACAAGAGCUCAAAAAAUCGCUCUCAGUGACACCUUCUCCUUUACUGAAUUUCUCCCCGACGGGAACCAUUCCGAUCCGAAUUUAUUCCUCUACCAAAAUUUCCUCAUCAUCAAACACAGUGACAACACCUGUCUUUUUAUCGAUCCCCAAAAAAAGGCCAAAGAAUACAUUCAACAUUUACACCCGACAGUCAAAAUCAUAACAAAAGAGGACGAUUACCUAACAAUUAUUUCCAACACCAUCUCCCUUGGGGGGGUGAUCCUUUUCGAAAAUUUCCUCUUCUCGAAUACUCUCGAACCGCUCUUUUAUCGCAACGAAAAUUCCAUAACCAUUCUCAAAAAAAAAAUCCCCUUCUCCAAAGACUUUCGCUUUUACGCCACAGUACAAACUGCAAAGAACCUUACCACCCAAGUAUUUAACCGACUAACGAUUGUAAAUUUCACCUAUCCAGAGGAGGCCCUCGAGGAAAAACUCCUAGACAUUGUGAUUGCGAAAGAAAACUAUCAAUUGCAGGACAAUUACGAAAAAUUACAAAACGAAUUAUCGUUGGACAGAAAAAUCCUCAGUCACGAAGAGGAGAAAGUUUUGAAUAUCCUCUCAACGUCGAGCGUCAAUAUCCUUGAGGACAGAAGAGCGCUAAAAAUUCUCGACUCUUCGAAAACAAUGUCAAUCGAAAUUCUCCAAAGGGAAAAAAUUGCCAAAGAACAAAAGGAACGAUUGCAAAUAUUUCGUGAAGGUUACAGUAAUUUUGCUCACUAUUCCUCCGAACUUUACACUCUAAUCAAAGGACUCGAAAAUUUACAAAAUGUCUAUCAAUUUUCCCUAGAGUGGUAUUUUCAAAUUUACAAAAAAUCAAUAGAGGGAGCGAAACGUAGCACUUGCUUGGAGAAACGUUUGAAAUUUCUAAAAAUACAAUUGACGAAAUGUUUACAUUCGAGUGUGAAAAAUUCCCUUUACGAAAAAGACGCACUUGUUUUCUCCUUCACGCUCUCUUUGAAAAUGCUCGAAUCUGAAGGAAUUAUAAAUCGGAACGAAAUCGUAAAUUUCUGGAAUAUGGAACAAAAAUCAAAUUUCGAAAUGCGAAGAAUCGAGUUCAAGGGAAGUAAGUGCGACAUUUCGUUGGGCUUCAACGAAUCCACGUGCUUGAGUCCGUUGAUAUUUAUCCUCCCAAGUGAAUUCGAACUCCUGCCGCUGAUUGCGAAAUUCGCCCGACAAAAACGGUACGAGACGAAACUAUUCUCAAUAGCUCUCAACGAGAAUCAGACGCAAAGAGCUGAAUUUCUGAUUCGUGACGCGCAGAAGAAUGAAAAAUGGAUCUUUCUGGAAAAUUGUCACUUGGCCGACUGUUGGUUACCGACUUUAGAGAAAAUAAUCCAAAGUUUCGAUGCUAAUAACACGGCCUUGGGUUUUCGUCUAUGGCUCUCGAUUUUGCCGAACGAAAAUUCCCCCCCGGGUCUCUUUCAACAAUCAAUAAAAAUCACCUGCGAUAAUCCUGAGGGCUUGAAGGAAAAUCUGGAACUAAUUUACAAUUUUUCUCCACUUGCUGAAAUCACCUUCUUCGACGGUUGUCCCGGCAAGGAUAAAAUUUUCUCCAAACUUCUCUACGGUUUGAGCUUCUUCCACGUCCUCCUCAAAGAAAGAAUAUCCCACGAUCAUCGAGGCUGGAAUAUGAAUUACAAUUUCACCGAAAACGAUUUUUCCCUAAGUGCUCAUCAGUUAAAAAAUCUAUUAAAUUCCGGGGAUAUUUAUCAAAUCUACCAAACUUUUUACAAUUUAAUCGAAAAUUGCAGUUACGGCAGUAAAAUAACAAACGAAUACGACAGAAAACGAAUAAAAAUUUUUAUAAGAGAUUUUUUCAACCCAAAUAUAGCGAACGAUGCAUUUUAUUCCCUUUCCGAAGAAAUCUCCAUGCCCAGAAGACACGAAUAUUCCGACUAUAUCAAAGAAAUCGAAAAAAUUGGAAACUACAUAAAACCUGAAUUUUUUGGACUCGACAAAAGUGGAGAAUCAAUCAGAAAUAUGCACCAAGUGGAAAUUUUUCAAACAAGUUAUGAAAUAAUGAACAAAAUUCCAUUAUUGGAGAAAAAAAUCGAAAUUCAACAAACUCUUGAAAUAAUUUCCAAAAUUCGAAAAAAAUUGCCAAGGUUCAAUUUAGAAGAGGUUGGAAAAAAAUACCCAAUUUCCCAUUUGGAACCACUGAAUGCAAUACUGUGGGAAGAAAUAAAAAGGACUAAUUUUUUUCUCGAAUUUCUCGAAAAUAAUUUCCGGGAUAUUGAAAAAGCUUACGAGGGUGAUAAACAAUGGAACGAUGAAUAUGAAAAUUUAAGCAAACAUUUGAUCUUGAACACUGUUCCAAAAUCAUGGAAAAUUAAUGUUAAAUCAAUCUCCACCCUCAUUGAUGAUUUGUCUGACAAAAUUGAAUUUCUACAAAAAUGGAUUAAUUCCGGUCCUCCGAAAUUAUUCAAUUUAAGAUUAUUCGAUUCUUGCAAAAGUCUAUUGACAGCGAUUAAAAUGUUAUUCGCUCGUACUAAUAAUUAUCCAAUUGAGAAAAUUCAUUUUAACACAGAAAUAACUGCUGAGUUCGAAAUAACAAAUCCCCUGGAUUUUUAUCUUGAAGGAUUAUUUUUACUCGGUGGACAAUGGAGUGUUGAGAAAAAAAUGUUGGUGGACAAUUUUCAAAGUACAGUGUGGUAUGAAAUGCCGCUAAUAUGUUUGAGACCUGAAAUAAAAAAGAAUUCUGUAAAUUUUUCAAAUUUUUACGAAUGUCCUUUAUAUAAAGUGCCAUGUCAAGAGAAGUGGAAAAAUUACGAGGAGGAUGAAAAUAAUUUUAUAAUUAAAAUACCAUUGGCUAGUGAAAUUAACGAGAAGUAUUGGAUUAAAAAAGGCACUGCUCUCUAUACCAGAAAAGAGUAA